AUGUCGCACCACGCCCGUAUCGAGGAGGUGUCCGACUCCGACCCCGAAGAGGUCGCCCCAUCCGACAUGAUGGGCGAGGACUCCAUCAUCGAGAGGGCAUCAAUUCCUAUUCGGUCGAACCCACCAGCCGCCGCCGCGCCAACACCAAUGGCUCCCCCAAUGGCCCAGCAGAUGCCAGAACCUCAGCGCGAAAUCCCCAAACACUUCCAAUGUCUCUACCCGAUUUAUUUCGAUAAGACUCGUUCGCGCGCGGAGGGUCGUAAGGUCGGCUCCGAGCUUGCUGUCGAGAACCCGCUUGCUAGAGAUAUUAUGGAUGCGGUGCAGAUGUUGGGCUUGCAAGCUGGCUUGGAACCGGAGAAGCUCCACCCUAAGGACUGGGCAAACCCUGGUCGAGUGCGGGUGCAUCUGAAGAACGAGGAUGGCCGGCUGGUGAAUCCGAAAAUCAAGAACAGUGAAGCACCACCUAUACAUCCUCGUCUCUCAAUACCUGAAGGCUCACCCCACCAACGAGCAAUCACCGUAUCGCUUGCGAAUUCGCGGUCUGCCCAUGCCAGAGAAGCUUCCUUCCGCCCCCCUGCCCCACGUGGCUGGAAGAUUGGCAAAAUCCUGCCCAUCCACUCCCCUGCAUACAGCGGCGGCGGUGUCAGCGACAAUCCGUUCAAGGAGGCUAUGGCCGAAAUGCAGAACAUGCAAGGGAUGCCUGGGAUGCCAUCGAUCCCAGGACUGGCUGGCAUGCCUGGAAUGGACGAGCCUUCCGGGUCUGCUGGUGGAGCGGAGAAGAAAAAGAAGGACAAGAAGAAGGGCAAGGCCUAA